AUGACCACUACAAUUCCUCCUCGAGAGAACCCUCUCUCUUUCCAACCUCCGAAUCCUCUCAGCACUACCACCACCAGGACGAUGAUGGAAGAAGAGGAAGAAGAAGAGACGGAAUCUUACACGCCCGAAGAAAAGGAUUUGAGUUGUGUUACCAACACGAAUAGCCAAUCCACCACCACUACGACCAAUACGACGACUUCUCAACAACAUCCUCCUCCGUAUCAUCGGCAACCACAGAACUAUCCUUCCAAAGAUCAUCAAUCAUCAACUCCUGUAUCAUCAUCCUCAACAACUCCUUCAUCAGCAGCAGCAUCAUCUUCAACAACAACAACAUCCUCUCGCCAAUCAUCAUCCUCUUUGGCUUCAAGGUUUUUCAGUAAAUUUUGGGGCAACUCUUCAGCCUCUCAACAACAACAACAACCUGUAAAUACUUCUUCUUCCUCUCCACAGCAACAAAGUAUUGCAGAAGGAGGCUAUCAUAUGAAUAUUGAUCAGGAUAAAAUUGAUGAAGAUGAAAAACGAUACAAGGAAACAUCAUUAGUGAUGGCCAUUCCGACCUCUAAAAAGGUAUCCAGCAACUCAGCAGCAGGUUCUGCUCUACGAGAUCGUAAAACAGCGAGCUCUACGAAUUUAUUUGUAGAAACCAAUCUUGAGGAUUACAUCUUCCGAUUUCAAAAUAUAUUUACCGAUCGAACCAUGUUUCGUUCCUUCUAUCGUUAUUUAGAAACAGAACACAAUACAGAGCCUUUGGAGUUUAUUUCCAAAGUGAAUGAACUUGAAUUUACGUAUUACAAAAUGAUGAGAAUGGUCCGAGAUUUGAGCAAUAAUAAUAAUAACAAUAAUAACAAUAGGGGUCAUAGUGGUGAUGAAAAUACCAAUUCAUCAUCAUUUCUGACAAGAGGUCAUUUCUCUGACCUUCCAAAAAUGGUUCUUGGUUUGGGAGCAGGUUCUGGACAUGGUGACAAGAAUCCAUUGAGUCGAUCGCCCUCUAAAGGAGAAACAACAAGCCAAUCGCCAUCAUCAUCACCAUCACUUUCAGAACCUAUUACGCCACGACGAUUCGCCAGAAAACAACUCUCAUUCUUUGGCAUUGGCAAAAGAGAAACAAAAACUGAGGAUUCACAAAAAUCUGAAAUGUCAUCAGCACAACAAACGUCACAUUCAGAUGAAAACACUUCUCAAGACAAAUCCACAACAGGUAGAUUUGGUUUUAGAUUGGGAUCUUCCAAAAAGAAGGAAGACAAUUUGCAAAAAUCUGAUUCAAAACUUAACUUGUUGGGAAGACGAGAUUCGUCAGCUUCUAUGGAGAACGUUGGUGGCAUGACUGAGUCAUCUCCCUCUAUGGGAGACAAAACUUCAAAGUCUCCAUCUGUGAUUCCGACGAACGAGGUCGUUUCAACAAGUGAUAAAUCGAUCAACAACGAAAAAUCAUCCGAAGAAACAUCGCAAGAAAAACAAACAACAACCACCCAAAUGUCAUUGUUAAAUGAAAUCGAGGGUGUCACAGAAGUUACCGAAGGGGAAAUGAAAACGAGUGAAACUACUAUGCUUGCAACCAAAACUGAAACCCAUGACACCAGCGCAUCUCUGGAAAGUUUGAAACCUCCCCAUACUUUAUCUCUUCUUCCAGAAAGUACGAAAUCUCCAACAUCACCAGCCGAUACCGAUGAUGAUGAUAGUCCAAAUCUCCCAGUUGACACCUCAAAUGUUCAAAGCAACGUGAACUCACAACCCACUCCAAGACCUUCAAUCAUGCCAAAACUCAAUCUCACUCUCAUUCCUACUGAACCUAGUACCGAAGAAGGAACACUACCAACCUCCACAGAUGUAACAGUUUCCUCAGAAGAGCCAAACAAUGGUCUUAAUAGACUCAUGUCCGUUCUAAAGAAGGAAAAAAGCAAGCGUAAUGCAACGGAUGAUAAAUCUGAGACGCUUACUGUUACUGAACAUGAUGACGAAAAAUCUGACACUUCCAGCUCUGUAUCAAGAAACUCCAGUGAAAAACUAACUAGAACUGUACAGCAUGGAUUUUUACAAUUACCCAUCAACACACCUAGAUCAAAAUAUGAAAAUCUUAUGAAAUUGUAUAAGAAGCAAAUUUUACUCGCCAUUCAGCUCAUGAAAGACUUUGUUGAGGAAGAGUCAAAAAAGGAAAUUAACAUUUCUUCCAAAGAUAAGAAAACAUUUACAAAUUUAUUUGUAGACUCGCAUCAAUAUCAAAACUUUGAUGAAUGGCUUUUACCUCAACCUCCACACAUGUUAUUCCGUACCAUGAAGAAUUCCGUCAUGUAUGAAUUGGAAAAUGACAACUUUCCAAGAUUUGUCAGAAGUGAGUUAUGGCUGAAAAAACUUCAGCAUAAAGGAUUGACCUAUUUGAACAAGGUAGGCCGUGUGAAAGAAGCAACUUACUUCCCAUACACUUAUGACGACUUUAGAGAACCUAUGGUGUUUGAUAGAGAUAUUGAUUUUAUGGAAUAUCUUGCUAGAGAUGACUAUCAAUGGAAGCUGUUGGGAUCUAAGAGGGAGGGAGCAAUCAAUGUGUACAAAAUUACAGAAAAAGUGCUCAUGCCUAAUGUCAGUUUUUACAACAAGAUGCAAAUCAAUAAGUGGUCUGGUGUUUUGAAUUAUCCAUUUGACGUUGUAAAACAAUGUUGCAUGCCAGGUCUUUAUGUCUAUAAAUACGAUCCAAAUAUUGCCAGCUGUGAAGAAUUGGGCUUUUGGGAUUAUGAAACUCUGAAACAAAAAUAUCCAAGUGAAAAGUGGAAGUAUGGAAAGAGAUCUGUGGGUAUUGUUCGAUAUGGAAUGGUAUUUCCAUUUCCAUUCAAGUCCAAGAGAAGCUUCCUUGCUGCAUGUUCGGCAUGGUACGACAAGGAAGAAGAAAAACUCACUCUCAUUUACAAACCAUGUGAACAUGAACGAUAUUACAAAGAUGGAAAGGGUGUGAAUGAAGGUAAAAAGUUGAUCGAUAUUAGAGACUUCCAAUAUUAUCAAAUCAAAAAGAUUGACGCCUACCGAACAAGUUUGUUACAAAUUCACUUGUUGGAUGUUGGAGGAAAUGCAAGAUUUGCUGCAAACAUGUUAAGAAUGGAUCGUGCAAAAGGAAUGAUGAAAGGAUUUAAUGACUAUAUUCGAAAACACUUGAAUAAUAUUCCAAAAAUUUCAGAAGACGAUCCUGUGUGGAAACAUGUUGUCACAUGUAUGGGUAGAGAACGUGCUGAACGUCUCGACAUGUCUGCCACUCUCUACAGUGAUCUCAAAGCAGGAAGAAACAUUAGAAACAAAUCCUUGUUGGCCACUGUCAAGAAACGAAGAAAGGAGAAGAAAAAGAUGGAAAAACUCAAGAAUCAACAACAAAAUCAAUUAUUGGAUUCACAAACUCCAACAUCACCCAUGUCGAGUACCAUGUCAUCAUCCUCGGAUGACAGCAAGUCAACCCUCGCAAGACUUAAUAGCUCUGUUAGCUUUGGUGGCCAAACCUACAUGACACCUGAGAUGGCUCUCAUGGAGGAAGAAGAGGCAAUGAUGACUGUAUUUGAUGCCGAUUUGGAGAACUUCACAAUGACAGGCACGACUACUGAUAAUAGCGAAGAUGAUUACGAAGAAUACGACUAUGAAGAUGGAGAUUUGAAUGAGAACAAUUAA